GCACUUUUCAACACUAACAUUAUUGCUCCGUUUUUUAUUCGCGGUUUGUUUUGAUUUCAAUAUAUUUAAAGAAAUAUUUACUGGAAUGGCUGUUGCAAAGAGGGAAAAGUCUACAGUGAAAAAGAAAAGCCCAGAGAAGGGUAAGCAGCAAAAAGUUAAAGCUGUCCCCGUUCCACCGGCUACAACAGUAAAACAACGAACUGUGGUUACUCCUUGGAGAGACACGGUAGAAUUUAAUGAAACAUAUGAUUUGUUAUUUGCGAAGACCUCAACGCCCGCUAGCCAGCGCCAGGCACUUAGUAAAAUCCGUAUAUGGAGCCUUCGAAGGGGAAACCUUUGUCCGGCGGCAGUUUUGGCCACUUCAGUGCUUGUCCAUGCUCGAUUGGAGGACACACAAGGCAACCCGAAGAUUCAGACCACCUAUGCAAGCGCCUUCACGCGAUUCUACAACUUCAUGUCCUCCAUCAUCCAGGGCCAUAACAUGACUAGCAUGUACGAAACGGCCAAGGAACUGGGCCUUCAAUCGUUCAUCGUGGAUCUGCGGCACUUGUGCGCCCACGGACAGGAACUACCGCCUGUGGAAGUGCUUCGGAACACCUCGGAGCAUUGUCUAGAAUGGCUACGCACUUACUAUUGGCUGCCCCACAAGGAGACAAUGUUGAACUUGGAUGCAGGCAAGCUGCAGCGCAAGGACAAGCUCAAAUUCGAAAAAGCCGUUAGCGAUCUUCUUGAGAUCUAUAACUUGGCUCUUGAGUGCCAUCUCAAGGGGGCAGAAAAACUAAAAGCUAUUAGCAAACUGAAAUCUAGCGGCGAAUUCAACAAGAUUCGGGUUUAUUCAUCCAGCAAAAAAGCAAAGACCUCAAAGGAAAUACUUGAUGCAGUAGUUAAUGAUCUUAGUGCGCUGAUAAAAAACAAGUCAUUUUCCAUGAAGGAUCUGCUGGAUGUUUACAUUGGUUGCCUGCUUAAAAACGAUUAUUUCCUGGGCGUUGGCUUGGAAAUAAAUGACAAUGAGGAUGUCAUUAUUUCAGCUACUCAAGGACUUUUUAGGUUACUGGCCUUGCAAGGAUAUAUUGAAAAAUUUUUUGUGGCUUUAGUUCAACUGACUGAAAAUGCAAACGAGUCGGAUAAAAGACGAUUUGGAGCCUGCUAUUGGAGUUGUAAAAUGAUUGAAACCUUCGCCAUGCUGUUGCGCAUGAAAAGAAUGUACAAAGAGGAACUUGAUUUGAACAAUAAACUGAAACCAGCUGAUUUUUCCUCCCUUAAUACGGAUAAGCUUUCGAAAACCGUGCGCAGUUUGCUUGUACAUUCAAAUGUGGAUCCCUCGCUCACCCUUGUUUUUGGGGACAACCCCAAAAAGUCCAGAUCUUGGGUUUUUGAUCGGCAGUUUAUAAUGCAGCGUUUGGAACCAUUUAGCAAGUAUUCAGGCCCCAUACUAAAAGGUUUACUUCCCCUUGCAGAACCUCCAUUCAGCCAGACUCAAGUGAAUACUUUAACUGAACUAUGUGAGAUUAGAUUGCAUGAGUUUGACGAGGAAGAACCAAUGGAAGAAGAUAGUUCCUCGGAAGAAAGCUAUAACCUGGAUUACAUGGAAAAGCUUGUAUCAAAAGCCACUCAUAGUAACGUCAAUAACUUCAGCAAUGCUGAAUCUUCUAAUUUGGGAAUUUGGAAAAUAGAUAAAGACAACGAUUGGUCAAAAUGUGCAUUGGGUGUGUUGCCUUGGACUCAAUAAAUAUUUUGCUACAUAUAAGUUAUGUUUGAUUGCUUACAUUUUUGUUAUAAGUAUAAUAAAACUCAAGUUUAAACUUUA